UGAAUGUCCAUCCGGGUCCCGUCUCCCCGGUGACGUCAGCGGGGCAGGCUGGCCCUUGUAAAUAAUGGCGAGUCUCUGAGAGAGGGGCGGUUGCGGAGAGUGGGGAGAGUAAAAUAAAAAUGGAGUUGAGAGUUGGGAACAAAUACAGGCUGGGCAGGAAGAUUGGCAGCGGCUCUUUUGGUGACAUUUAUCUGGGUGCAAACAUCGCUACUGGGGAAGAGGUUGCAAUAAAGCUGGAAUGUGUCAAAACAAAACACCCCCAACUCCACAUUGAGAGCAAGUUUUACAAAAUGAUGCAAGGAGGUGUUGGGAUUCCCUCGAUUAAAUGGUGUGGUGCUGAGGGGGAUUACAACGUGAUGGUGAUGGAGCUACUGGGUCCUAGUCUUGAAGACCUCUUCAACUUCUGUUCACGCAAGUUUAGUCUGAAGACUGUGCUCCUCCUUGCAGACCAAAUGAUCAGUCGAAUUGAGUACAUUCAUUCCAAAAACUUCAUCCACCGUGACGUUAAACCAGACAACUUCCUCAUGGGCUUGGGCAAGAAGGGCAAUCUUGUUUAUAUCAUUGACUUUGGCUUGGCCAAGAAGUACCGUGAUGCACGGACUCACCAACAUAUCCCCUACCGGGAAAACAAGAAUCUGACCGGCACAGCGCGAUAUGCCUCUAUCAACACUCAUCUGGGCAUCGAACAAAGUCGCCGUGAUGACCUGGAGUCACUGGGUUACGUCCUGAUGUAUUUUAACUUGGGCUCGUUGCCAUGGCAGGGACUCAAAGCAGCCACAAAACGGCAGAAGUAUGAGCGCAUCAGUGAGAAAAAGAUGUCAACUCCAAUUGAAGUGCUGUGCAAGAGCUAUCCGUCUGAAUUUUCUACCUACCUGAACUUCUGUCGCUCCUUGCGUUUUGAUGACAAGCCCGAUUACUCCUACCUACGACAGCUUUUCAGGAACUUAUUUCACCGACAGGGCUUCUCAUACGACUACGUCUUUGACUGGAACAUGCUGAAGUUUGGUGCAGGGCGGACUCCGGAAGAAAGUGAGCGUGAGCGCAGAGAUCACGAACGGGAAGAGCGCGUGGUACAGACUCGCAGUUCAGCAACAAGAGUCCUCCCACCUGGAACGGGGGCUGGGGCAGUGGGUAACCGGUUACGGAAUGGACAAGAUGCAGUGCUGCCUACUCAGGCGUCAAGAGCACAGCAGUCUGCCAAUACCUCACCGAGACCAAUCUCUCGGGCGGAGAGAGAGCGCAAAGUGAGCAUGCGGUUACAUCGAGGCGCUCCCGCUAAUGUUUCUUCCUCUGAUCUCACAGCCCGACAAGAUGCUUCACGGAUUUCAGCAUCACAGACCAGCAUGCCCUUUGAACAUCUGGCAAAGUGACUAGGGUCCCUAGACCAGCAGGUAGUUUGAUUCCUUCGCUGACUUUUGCCAAUGACGGAGCGACCUCUCCAACAUUGACCACUGCGAUGGAGCCUUCAGGGAGGAUAUCAGAACAGGGCUCGUAUUCACCCACUAUUUUAUUUGUGCGAGAAUAGAGGAUGAAACUCCUCAAUCUCAGUCUGAGCACGUUUUCAAUGAUCUUGUGUCACUCACCUCAGAUUUAUUAUAUACUUUCUUUUCCCCCACUCCCAGUUUGCUUGGAAGUUUUCUUUUCCUAGAAGAAAACCCGGAUUUAAUUUCUCCUCCAUUUUGGAAAGAAGUUCUCCCUCUUACCCUCAAAUAGUCAACGACUUUGAGCUUCCCACCAUCAGUUAUAAAUAACCUAACCCCGCAACUACUCCUUUCAAACGCCACCCUCCCUCCCCUUCUCUGAGUGUGCACUCACCUCCCGAUAUACAGUUAAUGGUAGGAGGUGAAAGAAAGAGGAAACAAGACAUUUUUUUUAAAAAGGAAAACUGGUUUUUGACGAGCUCCUUUUGGGACACACUAGUCUGUCCCAGUGAUGCCAAGUCUGGUCAUUUUCGUAGACUAAAAUGGGGGCACCCCCACAGCCGUUUAGCAACCGAGCACAGAGGCAGCAUAGCCUUCGAUGCCUUGUACUGUAAUCAUGGGCCACUGGUCAAAACGGCCCUUUUGAAAUUGCCCCUUUUCAGAUGACUGCAUUGGGAUUCAUGUAUAUAAGGGAUUUGUUUUCAGCCGUCUAACCCUCCUCUGUUCUGGAAAAAAAACCAUAUUUCAAUCUCCUUUUCUCCAUUUCCUGUCAUACAGAUAUUAACAUCAUAGCCUAUUAUCUGUAUGCAAGGUGACUAGAUCUUCAUGUUUUAAACUCUUGCAUAUACCUUUUUUAAAAAAAAAAGCAACCUGAUUUUUAAAAGAAGCUCUAUUCCUGUGAAGGGAUUGGGGGAUAUCUCUCAGCAAGCACUCAUUAAAGAGUGUGAGUCCAAUCACAACUGCUUGUCCUUUCGUGUCAACUAUAUAUAUUUUAUAUAUAUUUGUGUGUAUGUAUUAUAGUAUAUAUAGUGUUGACAAAACCAGUGGCAUGGAACCGCCUUGGCUGCUAAUUUCUGAAGAAUGUAUAUAUUUAUUUUUGUCUGAUUUUUUUUUUAAAGCUUUAUAGUGUUCUGUUUGCCGUGUUUCCUUUUUAAAAGGAAGGUAAAUUUCAGUGGUGGGGGGGGUGGUGUGCAGGAAAAUCUGGAUGAAUGUUUCUAUUCCAGGUAUAAGACUCCAGGGCCACAUUCCUGUUUGCCAACCCCACCUAUUGAUCUACGCAGGUUUUAAGGAUGUUUAGGCAAACUGAUACUUAAUGUUUGUUUUUUGUUAGUAAAGGGGAACUGUUGUGAUUUUGAUUUCCCCCUCAGCGAACAUCGUGGUCAUUUCCUCUGACUGCUUCUCUGUGGUAGCAUUGGAUGGAUCUGGGGUCUGUACUUAACUACCUAAAGGGAUAUAUCUGAGUGCAUCCUUCUGCUGCAGAGGUGACAGAUCUGGCAGUUCUGAACUGCAUAAAGAUCUGGAGACGGUUUUGUAGCGAGAGAAAUUUAAUUUGAACCCCUUUUUAGGUGUCAGCCAAUGUGGCCUCCUGCUUGUCUCCUUCAACCCAAGCCUUGAAUGCAGUAGCUCCAAAGACUGUUAUGUUAUCCCUGAAAACCAGGUUGGAGCAUAUGGUGGCUUCAUUCAGCCUAUAUCUUUUGGAGGGAAGUGGCAGGGAAGAUGGGAUGACAGUGCCCCGCUGCAUUUAGGGCUAAAUAGCAAAGUUUUGGAGGGAGUAUGUUGGCCUGUCAAUGCAGUGUUGGGGCUUGGAUUCCAUUCACUGCUCCAGAUCAGUGCCAAAUGGUCAGACUCUGGCCAUAGGUCACUACCAGUGGCCUGCUCCCCAGAUCCCUUGCAUGUCAAUACUCAUCAGUAUUGCCUUUUUUUAAAGUAGUUUUUUUUCAUGUUGCACAACCGUGCUUAUAAGCCACUUUCAGCUGAUCAGAAAUAUUCAGUGCUAAAGUUUAGUAAUGUUUAUUUGAGAUAGAGGACUGAAUAGAAUAGGGGUGGCUACCAGUAGAGAGGAAGCACUCAUCAAAAUACCUGCCAAAACACAUACCUGUUGAACCUUUUUAGGUGAGGUAGUGCAGAGACGUGACUGCUUCAAGCAAGAUCCAAAGUAGUUGGAGGAAAAAAGCAUUAUGCUCCAGAGUGCUGAAUUAUUUGUCAGCUUUAGCACGCUGAUGUGUUUACAUUGUUUUGUUUUUAAUUUUAACUAGACCCAGGCAAUUGCUAAUGGGGACUACUUCGAUGCAGGUGUAAAUGUGUGAAUAACUGUUGUGUAUGUGUGCCGUAUGCGUGUCUUUUUCCUCAAGGUGUUCAGUGAAAUUCUUACAAAUUCAGCAGCCAGAAAUGCGAAGGAAAGCUCAGCCAAACUUACAAGGCCCCUUGGGAAUUUAUACCCAGUUGAGCAAGGCUCGAGGAUAGCUUUUCCAGGCACCAAAAGGUGUGGGGGUGGGAAAUGUGCCUCAGUGUUGUCUUUCAGAAAGCGUUCCUGUGGGCAUGGGUUGGUGCUACUACCUCUUGUAUCAAGGAAUUGGUAAGAUUUCCACAGCUUCUUCCAAAUUAUUGUCUGCACUUCCGUAGGAUGGGGUAAAAAAGGGAGGAAGUUGAUCUGAGGAAACAUGUCAGGCAUAUUGAAUAUAAGCAGAGUAAAAUGUGACCCCUUGAUUGCAAAUCUGUCUCACACUGGCCUGAUUUUUGACAAACCUGUUCUGAACAUGGGCAACAACUGUGGCAGGUGGCCUAGCUUGGUACAUUGGAAAAUACUCUGAAUGCAGCAGCAGCAUUCUCUUUACCACUAGAAUUCAGUUCCAUCUUAUAGUGACUUACUCGGAAAGGGAGGUAGAGAGGAAGAAAGAAUAGAGUUAAACAAGUCUUCUCCCCCCCCCCCCCCCCCCCCCCCCCCCGCCCCCAGCGCCCAUAAGUUCUUCUUCCAAUGUCAGCGUUUAUUGGGCUUAUUGCACACCUGGGGCUGAGUAGACGCUGGGUGUCUCUCUUCCCCACUGCCUCUUGGAUUGUGGAGAAUGCUGUCCCAGAGUGUGGGGCUCCGGGUGUCUGCCCAUGGUGGAUUGGGAACUGGUGACUAAAAUCUCCUUUGGAGCCAAACACAAAUGGGUGCAUUUGUAAUGCUUUGCAGUUCUGGAAGUAGCAAAUAAUUUAUUGUCCACUCCUGGGUACUGCCCUUCAGGAUACGCACCUGUUAGUUCACACUUCGUAACAUUUACCCCAGAGUGAAAUAUAAUUACAUUUCAUUUCCUUCUGUACUAUAAACUUGAAUGUUACUUUCUUUUUGAGAUAUUAACUGUGCACCAAUGCUAACAUGCCCCUUGACGACUCUUUUGGUUUUAUAUUUAAUACAUACGAUUCUUAAGUUAUUUUCCCAUGGAUUUUUUAACAUUGGUAUUUCAUAAAUAACUUUUGAGAUUUUUUGUAUUUGUGUACAUAGCAAGUUUUUUGAUUGUAAAGUGAAAACUGUUGCUUCUUCAGUACUGACGUCAAACAGUGUAACAUAGUUUUAAUUUGUGCAAAAAGAGGGUGUGGGCAAUUGGGGAGGGCAGCAUCAAACAGUCAGCAUAUCCCUUCAUAAAUAAAAUGAACGAGAAUCUAGGUUGUCCAUCUCUACAUAAUAGCUUUGAAUGUCAUUCCUUCACUAAGAACGAUGGUGUAUUAAUCCAAAUCAGGGUUUGGGGUGAAGUUCUGUCCCUGCUGAAUGACUGGGUAGUGCUGUGUUUUUAAUGCUGUUUUUCAUUUUAAAACUCUGCUGUCCUUUUGAUUUUUUUUUUCGUUUGAAUACUCUAUCUAAAUUGAACCUGGAGGUAGAGGUUCCAGGCCUGAACUUUAAAUGGAGCUUUCGUCAGCUGUGAGCAGUCGUUCCUAUUGUUUUAACUACUUGCCCCUAAAAGAAGAGGAAGACCAGUCCUGUGCUUUUAAUGGUUGCUGGAAUCGUGAGAGCAAAACCGAGUCGUGUUGAAAAGCAGACCUCGUUUUUCAGUGGCAGUGGCUGCUGCUGUUUUACUGUUUUUGUACUCCCCGAGGAUUGGCAAUAUGCAUGUUGUCAUUUAUGUUGGGUGCCAGCACUUGUCAAACCGAACAGAAUGGCAAAACCUGCUCCCACCCCUGUUGUACAUUGUAUUUAUUUCACACUAUCUUACGAAUGUGUGUGCGUGUUUUAUGGCUAUUGACAAGAUUUGGGAGGGAAGGGGCUGUUGGCAAUUAGUGGCCUUAGACUUUUAGCUCAGUUCAGUUGCUUUCACUCCACUUUCAGUCUGUAUGAAGAAUGUGAUGGUUGCUACCUCUGAGCUGAUGUAAGGGGCAACACAAUGUAAUGUAAUGGGUUUAAACUCCAGAAACCCAACAGUGAUUUCUUUAAUGAAGAAAUCCUAGACGUGUUUACAUGAUACUGACUGCUUUUGGAGGUGAGACAAACACAUUUUGUGUGGUUGGAGCGGGGGGGGAGGUGGGUUGGUAGAGGAAGUAAAUGUUUUCAAUAAAAUAGCAAAUGGCGAUGUUGCGUAACUUGACUGUUGAGUGUUGCUGGCGAUAAUGUCUAGGUUUUUCUGUCUGUGUUAAUUGGGGAUUGUGGCUCUUUCCUCACUCUCGAGGAAAUCCAUCUAAAUGUGUGAAAUUUGGCUGAAAUGUUUAAAUGCUUUGAACUGCCCUCCCCACUGCCCCUUUUUCUUAAAAAAAAAGUGCUCUCUGACUUAUUCCACAUCAAUGUCUAAUGUACAGUUCUCUAUUCCUGACACUAUUUAACGUUAUUUACAAUGCAAUUUAAUAUGGUUGUUAUUUGUGUACAUUUUAAAACUUAUAAAUAAAAGGGAGAGGAAAAACAA